CUGUCCAUUGAACACUAGCUCCCAGAACAGUCUGGAGCUGAGGUCUGUCGUGUCGUGUAUUCGAGCUCGGAAUCGUACGUUAUAAUGUACGAAACAGAACCUGCGUGACUGGUUUGGUAAAGAGCGUCCGCGGCGCGCUCCCCGCCGCGCCGGCCGGCGCCACACCUCCAUUCGACGCGAUGGCGCUGCGCUCGCAACUACUGCGCAAUGUGUUCAAUGGCACUCAAACUAGACAACUUCAUGAGUUGAAGAAAGAGCGUGCUGGCGUGGCUAAACUACGAGAGGUGCUGGAAGAUCGUUUGCAAGAAAUAAAGAAGGCUAAAACUUGGAAAUAUGAAAGGGUGCUCACUUCACCGCAGGACACUAAGGUGAGAGUGAGAGGCGCUGAAGGUGAAUUCCUGAACUUUUGUGCCAAUAACUACUUAGGACUUUCUAAUCAUCCUGAAGUCGUUGAAGCGGCGAGGGAAGGUUUAAAGAACUAUGGAGCUGGACUCAGUUCCGUGAGAUUUAUUUGCGGAACCCAAACUAUACAUAAGGAUUUAGAAAAUCGGUUGGCAAAGUUCCACGAGCGAGAAGAUGCGAUCCUCUAUGGCUCGUGUUUUGAUGCUAACGCUGGUCUCUUUGAGUCUAUGCUCACACCAGAAGAUGCUGUAUUCUCCGACACUCUGAACCAUGCAUCCAUCAUCGACGGGAUUCGCCUGUGUAAAGCGCAGAAGUAUAGGUAUCCUCAUAGAGACUUAAGCGAAUUAGAGCAUCUGCUAGCUCAUAGUGAAGCUCGCUUAAAGUUAAUAGUUACUGAUGGAGUGUUUUCUAUGGAUGGGACUGUGGCUCCUGUCAAGGGUUUGCGAGAUUUAGCUGAUAAAUAUAGAGCACUAUUGGCAAUCGACGAUAGUCAUGCUACUGGAUUCUUUGGUGAAACUGGCCGAGGUACAGAAGAAUACUGCGGUGUGAAGGGUGCAGCUGAUAUAAUCGUAUCCACUCUCGGUAAAGCCGUGAGCGGUGCCGCGGGCGGCUACACCACCGGGCCCAAGGAAUUAGUCACUUUACUAAGAAACGUUUCGAGACCUUACCUGUUCUCUAAUGCACCGCCUCCGCCGGUUGUUGCAGCUGCUACAAAGUCUCUAGAUUUAGUUGAAAAUAGCGGAGAAUUGCGGCAACGGUUGCGAGAGAAUACGCGAGCGUUCCGCGAAGGGAUGAAGGCUGCUGGUCUCACUGUGGCGGGGGAUGAUCACCCGAUAUGCCCCGUGAUGGUGGGAGAAGCGCCCUUGGCCGUGGACCUAGCUUCUGGAAUGUUGGAACGUGGAAUCUACGUAGUGGCGUUUAGUUACCCAGUAGUGCCGAAGGGCGGCGCCAGAGUGCGCGUGCAGAUAAGCGCCGCGCACACACUCGACGACGUACACCGCGCUGUAGACGCCUUCGCACACGUCGCCGCUCAAGUCGGCAUUAUUAAAAAAUAAAAAAUUGACGAAGGAAUUAUUUUCGACAGCAUUUAACUUUCUUUAGUUUUGACGUAUUAUAUUUUAUAAAUUUCGUUGGAUAUUUUCGAAAUAAAACAAUACUUUGUGUCUUAAAAAUAUAUAUUUUAAGAAACAAUGAACGAAACUUCUCAAUACUGAUUUUUGUACUUUAGGAUUUCGAUAUAUCCAAACUUCUCUUGUUUAAAUUGUAUUGUGUUCACUGAGUUAAAAAUUGUUACGUAGUGGUGAGACGUUGAUGUUAUCGAUGACGUUAAUUAGUUUAAAAAAGUUGAAUUAUCCAAUCAUUUAUUUACUUUGCAAAACAGUUACUAUAUGUAUCAAUUACAAUCUCUAAUUAAUCGAUAAAAUGCCAACACGAUGUAUGUCUUAAUGAAUUCAUCAGUUGUAAAGCAAUUUAUACGUCGACGGCAAAAUACCGAAAAACUGUUCAUUCACUACACGCUCACCACUAUUUAUCGUUAUGUAAAUAUCAGUCCAAGUACUUAUAUUUUACUAUGUGACUAAAUAAAUACAAUAUUUUUAUUGUU